ACUUCCACUUAUACAGAGAGAGAAAGAAGUCUCUAGAUAGAUAGAUCUUCACUUUCUUCUCUCACUAAAAAAACACAGUCACCGCCCAUUUCUCUCUCUAAAACCCCCAUUACAAAAUGUCCGGCGGCGGCGGAAAAGAGUGUAGCCACCACAAAGGUAAACAAAAGAAAAAAAUCCAACGAUUGUGCGGCGGUCUCUUCAUCUGUCUCUUCAUCCUCCUCCUAGUAUUUCUCAUAAUCUGGGCUGUUCUUCAACCCAGAAAACCCAGAUUCGUUCUUCAAGAUGCAACCGUUUUCAACUUCAACGUCUCCGCCCCAAAUCUCCUCUCUUCAAAUUUUCAGGUCACCGUCGCCGCCCAUAACCCUAACGAAAGGAUCGGCAUUUUCUACGACACUCUCGACGCUUUCGCCGUUUAUCAGAGUCAACAAAUCACUUAUUACACCGCUAUCCCUCCUGUUUAUCAAGGUCACAAAGAUAACAACGUUUGGUCGCCGUUUCUUUACGGCGUUAAUGUUCCCAUCGCUCCGUACAACGGCGCCGCCUUAACGGAAGACCAGUCCGACGGAAUGAUUAAUCUUCUUAUCAAACUUGACGGUAAAGUCAGGUGGAAGGUUGGGACGUUUACUACCGGCCGUUAUCAUUUACAUGUUCGUUGUCUGGCGACUUUGAACUUUGGAAAUCAUGCAUCUAACGGCGUCUUUGUUUCGACGGCGAUGAAGUACCAGAUUUAUCAGAGCUGCAAAGUGAGCGUGUGAUAGACGUUACUGGUGUUGUUCUUUACUGUUAUCUUUACUUUACCGUUACUGUUACUCUUUUAAUACGGAAAUGUUUAAUUGUAUAAUAAUAUUUUAUUAUAAUAUGCUGUGUAACUAUGAGACUAUUUAAUAUUUAUUAAUAAUAGAAAAAUAAUUUCGGUCUUAAAUGACUGCUGUUUGUUAACGGCAAUUUUUAUGCAAUAAUUGAAUUCUGGGAAAUGCUGAAGUCUAGUGAGAGAGUAUUGAGUGUUUGUUAGUGGACGUUGUGUUGUCGUUUUCUAGGAAGAAAAAAAAAACUUUUGCUUUG